AUGUCUUCCUCUCCCGGCAGCUGGCAGGACCGCCGCUUCAUGUUCCCCGCCGGCAAGGAAGUCCACCAGGGCAGCCGUCGUUUCUCGCAGUCCAGCGACAAAGAUGUGCCGCCUCCGGUGACUGCUGCUGCUGUUGCUACUACUGCCGAUGCGGCUCCGGCUCCUCCAUCCCUGGCUACUGCCCCAGCUGACGAUUCCGCUACCGCCGCCCAGUCGACCGGGCAAGCCCUCCCCAGAUGGGAGGGUGACCGACGCUUUAUGUUCCCUGCAGCCAAGGAGAUCCACCAGCCCGCUCGCCGCAUGUCCUCGUCCUCGACCUCCUCUGGUGAGAAGAAGGCCGGUGCUCCUACAAAACCCUCUACUUCUCCGCCGGCCUCAUCGGGUGGAGGUAUUGCAGCGGCGAUCGCAGGAAGACGACGAUCUUCUGCCUCCUCUCAAGGUGGCUUGUUCGGCGGCCUCAUUGCAAAUCGAAGCAGCGAUACACACGCCGAGCGUCGACAGGGCUGGGAGGAAAUGAAGAGGCCUGAAGGGCUGGGAGGAUUCUUCAGCAACCUAGUGAACAAAUCGGGGGAAAAGAAAUGA